AUGCAGGAGGGUUGGGAGUUUGCGCCGCGGCCUUCUGUGCUGCAGCAGCUGCCGCCCUUUGCUGCUGCUGCUGCUGCUGCUGCUGCAGCAGCAGCAGGGGGCGCCGCCGGGCCCGCCGGCCCAGCCCCCAUGGCCGUCGACGGCGAGCCUGCUGCUGCUGCUGCUGCUGCUGCAGCGCCGCAGCACGGAGAGGACGCGCCCGAUGCUGCUGCUGCGGAUGCUGCUGCGGAAAAGUCUGCUGCUGCUGCUGCUGCUGCUGGAGAAGCAGCAGCGGACAAGGCAGCAGCAGCGGCCGAGGCUGCUGACAAGGCAGCAGCAGCAGAAGCAGCUGCUGCCGCAGACGAGGAGGCCAGCAACAAGGCUGCUGCGCAGCAGCAGCAGCAAGAAGAAGAUAUGGCAGAGGAGAAGCAGCAGCAGCACGAAGGAGAGCACCACCAAGAAGACAGCAAGCAGCAGCAGCAGGAGCAGCAGCAACAGCACGAGCAGCAGCAGCAGCAGCAGCAAGAAGAAGACAGCAUGCAGGAUGUGCGGAGCGAGGGCCACGGCGAGCAGGAAGCAAGAGAAGAGUCCCGUAAGGACAGCAGCAAGAAGAGCAGCAGCAGCAAAAAAAGCAAAUCAGCAGCAGAAGACAGCAGCAGCAGCAGCAGCAGCAGCAGCAGCAGCAAGAAGUCCGAGGGGCCAGCGAAAGAAGAGACGACGAAAAGGCGCUCGGCCAGACUCGCCAAAGACAAAAAGUGA